UCAGAAAUUUUUUGUUUUCUGUCGCAUUCCCCAUCAUCCCUAAGGUCGGUGAAGAGGGACGUGCCGCAGGUCCCACCGGCACGAUCGCCACGGGUGCCGGGGCCGAGCCACUCGGACAAUCCGCUAAUGGACCGAGAGGAACCACGGCAACCGGAGCAGGAGCUGAAGAAGCAUCCACGGGUGAAAUCAUCUCGGUUAGCCCCGUGCUCUGGACUGUCAUCAUCAUGCUCCCAAAUGCGAGGGAUGAAAUCAUCUUCGGGUAUGAAAUCGUCCUCCUCAAGCACGAACCGAAGAUUGUACCCGUUAAGCUUGACAUAAACCCCAGCCGAGACCGAGGCAAGACCUGCACCAUCUUCUUUUUUAAACAUGUUUAAAUUCAGAACCGCCACCUGGAUGCGCACAAUGCCACGACGGCGCAAGCAUACCAAGUCAACAUCCUGAGUAGCACCGAUGACGGAUCCCACUGCCCACAAACCAAGAAAGUGACGAAGUGGCGGUGAAACACCAGUUACAUGUACCCAAACUGGCUUUAGCGGAUUAUAAGAUGGUCUGACAUCUGAUUCUGAUUUCCAUUCACUGAUAGCAAUUACCACAUCAUGAGACUUGACUUUGAACUCAAAAGCAGCAACUCUUUCUAGAACCUCCAUAGAUGGGAAAGCAACCAGGAAUGCAUCAUUGCCAUGGGGAACGGCCUCCCACUUCCAAGGAGUUAGGACCGAGGAAAUUUUUGCAAUCUCAGUCUCCACAACAGCAGAUGUGACCGAACCUCCAGAUAUCUUUAGCAGACCAGUCGGUGAGGAUGGUGGUGCAAGGUGUUCCCUGAAAACCGAGUCCGGCAGGUGCACAAACAUAGCCUCAUUAAGACCAACACCCCCGAAAGAUGCCAUUGGCUUCGGCUACUUCAACACAGAACAACGAUGCAGAGGGUGCUUAUAGUUAUUACAAAUAUAACAGUAGUGCGUAAUGGUGCAAUCUUUUGAGAGAUGAUCAUCAUUCCUGCACUUAUAACACCACAAAUUUGCUUUCUUUGCUACACGACCCAGCUCGGAAGUGUCCGCCUGAGACGCCGCCGCAACGGGGUUGGGCUGCAUAGGCGGCACAGGUGUGGCGCUCGAAGGCGGAGCGAAGGUCAAAGGCCUUGUGGCCGGCGGAGAACGAACCAUGUUACUCUUUCUCUUUUUCUUCUUCGGGCGACUGGACGAAGGUACAACUGCCUGCUGCAGGGGCACUCCGAAGGCAAACGGCCCCGAGGAAACUGGGGGCAAGGCGGCCUGCCCGACCGCGAUAGCCGAGCCUCCCGCCUGCAGCGGCCCAGCCGAGCGGCCGAAUCCGGCGUAACGCUGCUGAGGGUCCAGUGCGGCCGUGGCGUUAGGGUUCCGCGGAGGCACCUUGACAGGAGGCGGCCCUGAAGGCUGGCCGCCCUUGUGAGACGGAGAUGAAUGUCACUACUUCCAUGAAUGUCGUUUCAUAUGGAACUUUAUAAGCAAUAAAAAAAACUAAUUUUUAAAUAGUUUACAUUUUUUUCAGAUUAUACUGUUCAUCCGAGCUCAUUUGAGUCCGAGUUAAGAAACAUCGCAUCUACUACUCUGCAUGUUAUACCAAGCCUUUGCAAGCCAUAGCUUUGUUUUGACCAAUCUCCCUGACGGCAGCAUCCAUCCGAUGUAGAACUAUGGGACAACUGUCCAAACUGAAUCGUUGAUCAUGCCCUAAGGUGAAACAGUGAGGAAACGUCACCUCCCUACCUGGAUACCACUUUUUUUUUGACUGUGUGUAACUUUGACAGUUAAGUUUCCUGACAGCAUAAACCAAUCAUGAAUAUUUUCUAAAAUAAUAAUGUUGAAUUUAAAUUGUUUGUAUGUGAUAAUAUGAUGCAUACUCAGCUAUGUACACUUCACCCAUUCUCUUUCUUAGAUGAGUAGAACCAUAGGCAGUACCGCAUGAGAGUGAUUUUUUCAACCGUGCACAGGAUAUAGAUCCACCGUCGGUGAUUGCUUUGACCCCCGUGUUACUUAUUUUAGUUGUUGUCAAAAUUUAUCUUGUUCCAUAAUGUUUUGUUUGACUUUUCCCCUGUUUCAAAGUGUAUGUUCAUAUUUCAUUGUAUAUCAACGGAAAAAUGUACUCCUUCCGUUUUUUUUUAGUUUGCAUAUAAAAUUUGGUCAAAUUCAAACUUGAUAAACUUGAUGAGCGUGGUCGGGGCCUCCAUCCACCGCGCCUGCGGCAUCCAUCUAUAAAUACGAGCUAGCCAGCGCCCUGCAUACGGCCACACUAAUUAAGCAAGUACGUAGUACGCCUCCACUCCACUAGCACUAGCUAGGUGAAACGAUAUGGGAUUGCAGAUGUGCUCUUCUUCCUCUUCCUCGCAGCACGCACGGGUGGCUGCUUUGGUGCUCCUACCGCUGCUUUGCUUUUCCAUGGUGUUAUCCAGAGCACACGGAGGAGAGUCUCGCAAGGUUUAUGUAGCUUACCUAGGCGACGUGAAGCACGGGCACCCGGACGAGGUCGUCGCCUCGCACCAUGACAUGCUCACCACUCUUCUCCAAAGCAAGGAGGAUGCUUCGGCCUCCAUGGUCUACAACUACAAGCAUGGUUUCUCGGGCUUUGCCGCCAUGCUCACCGCGGACCAAGCAACAAGGCUUGCAGAGUUUCCGGGAGUCAUCAGUGUUGAACCGAGCAAAACAUACAGGACCACCACCACACGGAGCUGGGACUUUCUUGGGCUCAACUACCCGUCCUCCCAUACGCCGGCCAGUGAGCUACUCCAGGCAAGCAACUACGGAGAGGAUAUAAUCAUCGGUGUGGUUGACACCGGGAUCUGGCCGGAGUCGAGAAGCUUCAGCGACCAAGGGUACGGGCCCGUGCCAUCAAGGUGGAAAGGAAAAUGCCAGGUUGGGCCAGACUGGGGCAGCAACAACUGCAGCCGAAAGAUCAUUGGCGCACGGUUCUACACCGCCGGGGUCCCCAAAGAAUACUUCGAAGGAGAACCACUCUCGCCACGGGACCAUGCCGGCCACGGCACACACACGGCCUCCACCGCGGCUGGCUCGGCUGUGGGGCAGGAAGCUGCCAGCUUCCAUGGCAUUGCCGCGGGGGUCGCACGGGGAGGCGCGCCACACGCUCGCAUCGCAGUGUACAAGUCCUGCUGGAGCAAGGAGGGCCACUGCCCCACGCCGGCCGUGCUAGCCGCCAUCGACGACGCCAUCCAUGACGGGGUGGACGUUCUGUCAUUGUCCCUGGAAAUGAGCGAGAAUUCAUACGGUACACUACAUGCGGUCCUGAAGGGGAUCGUCAUGGUGCACACCGCUGGCAACGCUGGGCCGCAUAUGCAGACCAUCAGGGACACCUCGCCGUGGGCCAUCACCGUCGCGGCGACCAACAUCGAUCGCCCGUUCGAUACAGUGAUCACGUUGGGAAACAAGCAACAAAUAGUGGGACAAUCUCUCUAUUACCAAGGGAAGAAGAGCUCAUCAUCCAGGAGCAGUUUCGGAGAUUUUGGAUGUUUACGAUCUUGUACCGCAGAGGUUUUUGACGGCGCCCAAGACCUGAAAGGGGCGAUCCUCCUCUGCAACGAUCAAAGGGAAGCUUUAUUCCCGGCGGCGCAAUACCUCAUGGAUGGAGGAGGAACCGGACUCAUCAUCGUGUCAUCCACGCCGGACGACAUGAGACCCGUGACAGAUUGCGAAGGCAUCGCCUGUGUAGUUGUCAACAUCGACGACGCGGAGAGGAUGUGCCAAUACUCCGAGGACACAAGCUCUGCCCAGGCAAAGAUUGAACCGGCGGGCACCGUUACGGGCAAGGAGAUACUGGCCCCAAAAGUGGCCAUCUUCUCCUCCAGAGGCCCAUCUGUUACUUACCCCGCCAUUCUCAAGCCUGACAUAGCUGCACCUGGAGCCAACAUCCUGGCAGCAAAACAAGAUGGCUACGUAUUUAAGUCAGGGACGUCCAUGGCAGCCCCUCAUGUAGCGGGCAUCGCAGCGCUACUCAAAGUUCUGCACCCAUACUGGUCUCCUGCGGCAAUAAAAUCUGCCAUGGUUACCACUGCCCAUGUAACCGAUGAACGUGGCAUGCCGAUAAUGGCGGAAGGAAUAUCGCGGAAGAUCGCCGACCCAUUCGACUACGGAGGCGGGACCAUCAAUCCUUGCGGGGCGGCUCAUCCCGGCCUCAUAUAUGACAUCGAUCCAAGUGAUUACAGCAAAUUCUUCAAAUGCACCAUCAGCAACAAGAGGACACCCGUGGAUUGCAACACCACCACCAUGCAACCAGCGUAUUACUUGAACCUGCCAUCCAUAUCGGUUCCCGAUCUCAGGCAUCCCAUCACCGUUUCCAGGACUGUGACCAAUGUCGGCGAGGUCAAUUCUGUGUACCAUGCCGCAGUCCAGAGCCCAGCAGGAGUCAAGAUGGAGGUCGUCCCGCCCGUUCUUGUGUUCGACGCUACCAACAAAGUUCAGACGUAUCAGGUGAAGCUAUCACCUAUGUGGAAGUUGCACGGGUACUACACAUUUGGUAGCCUUACCUGGCAUAACGACCAAAAGACAGUGAGGAUUCCAAUUGUGACACGACUUACAAUUGAAGAAUUCUACUGAGUUGUUGCGUAAUAAAAUAAAAAUAUCAUUUCCACACUUAACAAUAAAAAGCAGAUAUGCAUGGCAGUGAUGAGGAAAACAUGCCACCUGAUAUGUAACCCCCCCCCCCCCUAACGGCAUGAGGUGUUUGCAAUUAUAUUACCGAAGAGGAAUUGAGCUCCA